AGGAGAAUAAGUCAGAAAGUUCAAAAACUGCCCCAAUAGAAAGUGCUGCAACAACGAAUCAAGCAAAAUGAGUUUCAUUAAUGGGAUUAAAAGGUUUGCCUCAACAACCGUUGGCAUGAUGGCUAUUGGCAUCGGCUCAACUAUUCUUGUUUUCGGCACUCAUCGUCUUAUAGUUAGUCCAUAUUUAAGUAAAAAACGUCGCCUUGAAGCUGAGGCCUGGGCCGAAUAUAUAUUUCAACAGGAAUUGCAACAACAACAAAGCAAACAUAACACCAACAACAACCAUUGACGGUCAAUCUCCCACAUCUUCCACUGAAAUUGAGGUCUUAACACCUUCUAACAAUAUGUAAUCUUCUAUGGCAUAGUUUUGUCCAGAAGAAUGGAUAUUAUACACUUGAUUCCCCCUUUUACAAUUACCCCAUCCCCUCCACCCCCGUCACUCUAAAAGAAAUAUAAUUUUGUUAUAAUUAAGUUAAAUAAUCACAUGAAAGUUUAUUGAAAGAAAUGUAACUGAAUUGAAAACACGAACACAAACGAAAUGAAAAUAUUACAAAUAUAUAUAUAUAUAAAAUAAUAAUAGCUAAAUAAAAAAAAACACAGUUUAUACAUUGAAAUUUAAUUAAAAUACAAAUACAAUUACUUAAAAUGAUUAUAGAGCCCAAA